GUGUGGCCUUCACUGAUUGUUGUGACACUUUCGUUAAACUUAAAGUGUGUGUGUGUGUGUGUGUUUCCUUUUCCUUUUCCAGAGACACUUCUUCAGGAAUCUGGGCUCGAUCAUCACUUAUGCGUUUCUGGGCACUGCCAUCUCUUGUUUUGUUAUCGGGAAUCUGAUGUACGGUGUGGUCAAACUCAUGCAGAUGGUCGGACAGCUGACCGACAAGUUCUACUACACCGACUGCCUCUUCUUUGGAGCCAUCAUGUCGGCCACAGACCCGGUGACGGUGUUGGCCAUCUUCAACGAGCUCCACGCUGACGGGGAUCUGUACGCUCUGCUGUUUGGAGAGAGUGUGAUGAACGACGCGGUGGCCAUCGUGCUUUCCUCGUCUAUCGUGGCGUACCAGCCCAGCGGAGCCAACACACACAUGUUCGAUGCCUCGGCCUUCUUCAAGUCGGUGGGGGUUUUCCUGGGUAUUUUCAGCGGCUCCUUCGUGAUGGGUGCAGCCACAGCAGUCGUCACCGCUCUCGUCACCAAGUUCACCAAGCUGCACUGUUUCCCGCUGCUGGAGACGGCGCUCUUCUUCCUCAUGUCCUGGAGCACCUUCCUGCUGGCUGAAGCCUGCGGGUUCACAGGCGUCGUGGCCGUGCUGUUCUGUGGCAUCACGCAGGCUCACUACACCCACAACAACCUCUCUGCAGAGUCCAACAAGCGCACCAAGCAGGUACAUUCUGACCACUUUCUGCACAUGCAAACCCCGUUUAUGCCCCCCCCCCCGUGGUGGUAAGGACCGGUGCUCGGC